AACUUUUAAAAAAGCCUCUUCUAGUUCUAUAUUUAUUGAAGAAGUUCCCUUUCCCGCGAAAUGAGGAGUCGAAACCGAAAAGGUCGCUCCAAUCCACCAUUAAACCAAAAGAAAGAAAACAAAGGUUGUUCCUCACACUUAUGAAUUGCGCAAGAAAUCGCCAUUAAUCUCCUGAUCAGGCCUCCUGCUGUGUGGUCCCCUUCCUUCUGCCAAUCAGACGAUCCAAAUCAUUGGCAGCAUAGGAACAUUCACUUUUAACUAUGUUGAAGACCACCCAGACGCUAGCUGCAGCUGGAGAGGGAAAGACUGGGAGCGAAAGAGGGUUCUUGGAGGAAGAAGGUGGAUUGGAUCCCGUAAAUGCCAAUGACAAGAUGGACUUGAUUCAAGAACUCAUUGCCAUGGUCGACUCUGUCCAUUCCAUUGGCGAGUUUAGGAAGACGCAGAAGAAAGAGGCCUGUGUUCUCAUGCGGCGACUCAAGCUCUUGUUACCUCUUCUGGAGGAGAUUAGGGAUGGCGAGCCGGUUCCGGAGGCAGCCAUGGUUUGUUUGAGUAAUCUCAAGAAGGCGUUUGUUGCGGCCAGGAAAUUAUUGAAGAUGUGUACUGAGGGCAGCAAGAUUUUUCUGGCAUUUGAAAGCGAGGAAGUCAUGGUUAGGUUUCGUUCGGUUUAUGAGAAACUAAGCCAAGCUUUUGAUGGAAUGCCUUACAAUGAGAUUGGCAUUUCAGAGGAAGUGAAAGAACAGGUUGAGCUAAUGCGGCUGCAACUUAAGAGAGCAAAAAAGCGAUCAGAUACUCAAGAUAUGGAGCUUGCAAUGGACAUGAUGGUUAUCCUAUCCACAAAAGAGGACAUAAAUGGAGAUAGAGCAAGCAUAGAGAGGCUGGCCAACAGUCUCGGCCUACAUACCAUUGGGGACCUAAGGGUAGAAACUCAAGCUGUACGGGAACUUACAAGAGAAAGACCCCAAAAUACUGAAAGCAACCGGCAACUCAUAGAUCUGUUGAGCAAAUUCAAACGAAUUGCAGGACUUGAAGAUAAUGAUGUUCUUGAUGAUCCUGCUGAGCCUAAAACUUUGGCAAAGUCUCCUUCUUUGGCAAUCCCUAAUGACUUCCUUUGUCCUAUCACAUUAGAGAUAAUGACAGACCCUGUCAUUAUUGCAACUGGACAGACAUAUGAACGAGAAAGCAUACAGAAGUGGUUGGAUUCUGAUCAUCGAACCUGCCCAAAGACUGGGCAAGUUUUGUCUCACUUGUCACUAGCACCAAACUUUGCUCUUCGAAAUUUGAUUCUGCAAUGGUGUGAGAAGAACAAUUUUCAGCUCCCCAAGAAGGAAGCUCCUACAAGCUCCUCUGUGGAAUGUAAUGAAGAGAUCUCUUCCUUGGUUCAAAACCUAUCUUCUAGUCACUUAGGAGAGCAGAGAAAGGCCGUGAGAAAGAUCCGAACACUCACCAAAGAUCGUCCAGAAAGCCGAGUUUCAAUAGCCAACAGUGGAGCAAUCCCACCACUUGUUUGCCUUCUGUCCUAUCCGGAUUCAAAGAUCCAAGAGGAUGCGGUUACAGCGCUGUUAAACUUGUCCAUUGAUGAAACAAACAAGAAACUCAUAACCCAAGAGGAGCCCAUUCCAGCCAUAGUUGAAGUCCUUCAGCGUGGAACCGUGGGAGGCAAAGAGAAUUCUGCAGCAGCUUUGUUCAGCUUAUCGAUGUUGGAUGAAAAUAAAGCAAAAAUAGGGCUAUUAAAUGGCAUACCACCCCUGGUGGAUUUGCUUCAGACUGGGACAAUCAGAGGCAAAAAAGAUGCCGUCACUGCUCUGUUUAACCUCUGCCUAUGCAAUGCGAACAAGGACAGGGCUGUUGAGGCCGGGAUCAUUGCAUCAGCAAUCGAAUUGCUCAAGAACAGGACCUUGGACAUGGUUGAUCAGUCCCUCUCAUUGCUGCUGCUUCUUGCCUCACAUCCAGUUGGGAGGAAAGCGCUCGAACAGCUAUCAGUUGUUCAGAUUCUUGUGAGUUUCAUCAAAGAAGGGACCCCCAAGAACAGGGAGUGUGCAACAGCUGUACUGCUCGAGUUGUGUUUGAAGAAUUCAAACAUCAUUCUAGCUGCUCUUCAGGAAGGUGUGUAUGAAGAUAUGGUGGAACUUUGCAAGAAUGGGACCAAUAGAGGCCAGAGGAAAGCUAGUGCACUUUUGCAGCUGAUGACCAAGUCUGAACAAAUUCCUUGGUGAUUCGGAUAAGGUAGAGAAGUAACUUAAGGGUGGCGAGUUAGCACUUUCUUCUCUCCUAAUUGCUUUGUAAAAUCUGACUUGUUAAUCAUAAUGCCAGAGGUUGAAGCAUCAGAAAAGAAGAUUUGUCGAGCAUGCUGUGUAUUUUACUCAUUGAUCAACUUUUUGUUGCCUUAUUUGAUGUUGUAAGCUUGAAACUUGAAACCAAAAGGAAAAUGCUUAAAUUUGGAACAUCUUGACUCUGCGUACUCAA